AUGCCACAGCAGCAAGCGUUGCGGAAGCGGAAAAGCAAUGGCGAACGAGUGAGGGUUACUCGGGCUUGUGAUCGGUGCAAACGCAGGAGGAAGAUCAAAUGCAACAACUCGCAGCCCUGCCAGUUUUGCGUUCGCGCAAAAGCUCGCUGUACUUUUGACUCUUCAUACGCCAGAGGCAGGAAGUUCCUCAUUCCCGGCUAUGGCGAUGAACAUGGCAGCCCUGCCAGACAGGGCUACUCGGCCAUUCUACCCAGCCCAGCGACGUCUCAGGAGAGUGUGCCUUCAGCCCUAGGUCAUGAUCAGGUUGUUCCUGUAGCUUCGUCGCGCAAUUCACCAGAGCCGUCCCAGACUGACCUGCAGGGCCACUAUAUCGGGCCUGCCUCUGGGGUCUCGUUCCUGCUGAGGGUUCAGAAGCGGCUGCACCAGGCCAUUUCCUUUUCCCAGCCCAGUAGCAUUUUUACAUUUGGCGAUGCCCCCCUACAUCUCCCUGAAUUCGACCCUUCAUUCUGCAUGAUGCUGCCGAGGGACGAUGCCCAGCGCCUGAUAGAGCGGUAUUUCGACUUUGCCAUGCCGACGUACCGGUUCCUCCAUAGACCGACUAUCCAGGAAUGGUUCAAUGAGUUCUAUGAUACACUAGGAGUCAUGCGCGAUGCCCACAGCGCCCCCGCCAAAGUCGCUCUGCUCUUCAUGGUCUUUUCCCUGGCGAGGGUCUACAUGCCAGACAACGACAGGCCGGGUCCACCAGACCUGAGUGCCCGGUACUAUCUUGCAGCUGAGCACCAGCUCUCCAAAGAAAAGGGUUCUAUCCGGUUGACCAGUGUCCAAGCACGCCUCACACAGUGCUACUACCUCCUCACGCAGUCGCGCAUCAACCACUGCUGGAGUCUCUUCGGCACAGUCUCGCAUCUCGCCCUCGCCAUCGGCCUGAACAGAAACCGCCGCCCAGAUCCAACCGCCGGCCUCAGCCAGAUCGAAGCUGAAUGCCGCCGUCGCACAUUCUGGUGCGCUUAUACACUAGACGCCUACCUCAGUGCAGCCCUAGGCCGUCCCAGGUCCUUCCACGACGACGACGUCGACACCGAACUCCCCGCCUGCGUCGACGACGACCAGAUCCUCACCCUGCCGCAAAACAACAACACGACAACCCUAACACCCCCGCGAAACCGCACACUGACAACUAUGCUCGCCCCGCUGGCACACAUGAAAAUCGCCCAGAUCAUCAGCCGCAUCCUGCGUGACCUGUACUCCAUAAAGCCCGUCUCCGACGCCCGGCGCGCCGCAGCCGUCUCCUCCAUCUCAAGGGACCUGAGGACGUGGCGCACAGAUCUAGCCUGGUUCCUCGACGCCGACGUGCUCAGUGCAUCGCUGAUAAUGCCGAUUUUCCAACGCCAGCGGAAUGUGCUGAAUCUGACGUACUGGCAUUCUGUUAUACUCACGCAUCGCCCGUUUGUGCUGAGUAAUUUUGCGCGCCUGUCGCAGGGUCGUGCACCCUCAGUAUCGUCCAACUCGCAGACGGAGGAGAGUACUAAGCAGUGUCUUCAGGCGGCCAUGAAGACCGUUGCGAUCAUUGAUGAGAUUACGCAGAAUCGGCAGCUGUUUCGUGCGCUUUGGAUAACAUCCUACUUCGCAUUCAACGCGACAACAAUGCUGUAUAUAUACGUGAUCCAGAACCGUACCUACCCGGCACACGUCUACAGCGCGUACUUUGCUGCCGCGACGCGCUGCCAGUCGCAUCUUUCGGCCAUUGCUGAGAAGGGGUCUCUCUCGGAGCGGUAUUGUCUUGUGCUGGAGGAGUUGAGGGUUGAAGCUACACGGCAGACUACUCCUGCUGCAGCAGCUGAGUCUAGUCAGUUCCAGCCUACGGAUAAUGCCGAUACAAACACGUACCAGAUCUCUGUCCCGGUUCUGUCGCUGCAACAAGGACAAGGACAAGGACAUGACGAGAGUCCGCAUACCAUUGGGACGGGGUAUACAGAUUCACUCGAUGGCGGUGGUGGGAUAGAUUUCAGCACGGACGAUGCCAAUGCUAUGGCCGGGCUAGGGCUUUCGGUGUCGGAUUGUUCGGGCUGGGGACAGUUCACGUCGAUGGUUUCGUGCGGGCUAGGGAAUAUGGAUUUGUUCUGGGGGGAUGAGAUGAGGUUUUGA